UCCCGGUCGCAUCGUCGAAAACACACGCGUUCUACCCUAUCGGAGUUCUUAUCUCCUAGUACAUUUGAAUGAAACGCGUCGUAUAAUUUGCAAUAAAUUGUGGUGAUUUGUGUUUAUGUGUUAUGUAUUGUUUAAAAAAAGGUAAAUGAUGAUGCAGAAGUGGAAGGAUAAUAUUUUUUGAAACAUGGAUUGGAAAUGAUUUAGCGUUAAAAAUGAUAGUGAUACAAUCAUGGCCUCGGACCAAUACAGUGUUUUGUGUAUUUUCUGUGUUCAUUACAAUGAUAAUAGUGCAAGUGACAAGUUUAAGUGGUCCAAAUGUCUGCAUGGUACAGCAAAAAUACAACAUCACGAAACGUGUGAAAUAUCGUGCGCCGAUGUCAGUCAGGACUUACGAAUGGUGCUUCUCGAUGCCACCGCGGUGUUCUCGGUGGAAAACCGAAAUGCGGGAUCUAACAAGAUUGGAGACAGAAGAACGUAUGGCUGAGGUAGCUGUUUGUUGCCCUGGAUACAAAAUGAAAGAUAUUUCUUGUGUACCAAUUUGUCCAAACGGAAAGAUGGGAAGUCGAUGUUCUGAAGAAUGUCCACCGAACAAAUGGGGACCAAAUUGUGUUUAUGAAUGCGCAAAAUGCUUAAAAGGAUUUUGUUCACCCAUCACGGGACGAUGUGAAUGCCUCGAAGGAUGGCAAGGUGAGAGUUGUAAUAUCCGCAUGACAACAACGCCUCCACCUGCUUUUAUGGAAGAAUUACUAACAACUACAAAAUCUACUGUCCAAACAACUCACCCUUCUACUAAACCAAAUAUAUUUUCAAGUACAAGUUUAGGAAUAACUACUCAAAUAACAACUAGUUCUCCUUCCAAUAGAAUGUUUUUCUCGAAACCAUCUACAAAUAUAGCAAUUGAAGCCAGUACUAAGACAACUUUGCCAGAGAAGUCGACUGUGUCAGAUAUAUUCAACAUGACCUCAAUUUCAAACAUUGAUAAAGCCAUUGAAGGUACAUCUUCUAUGAAAACGCAUAGUACUUUUGUAUAUAAUAGAACAGAAACACCUGCAGAAGGUACGUCGAACAGUAUGACUACUGCGCAUGUUACUUCAACAACUAUUAAAAUUCCAUUAACUACUAAAACCAUUUCAACUCGAAAACUUUCUACUACUUCAAUUCCAGCAUUAAUUUCUAUAACCACAGUGCCUACAAGUAAAACAACUUUAGGUAAAGCGAAAGACCUUCCCACAACAACGGAAAUGAUUAGAAAAACAGACACAAUACCGCAGUUCAAUUUGACCAUUCCAAAAUUGAAACCAAAGGAGAUAUGGAUAAAACCUACCCAGAAAGGCAUAUCCACAGAAUUUAAACUUAAAGUAAAUAAUGAACUAUCCCAUUCUCGGAUAAAUGGAACAAAGAAUGAAAUAUCAGAAAUUACUACACCAAGGACUAUAAUAGUUUCCAUAAUACCAACCUCAGUAUCACACGCUUCCUUUAAGAAAAUAGCAUUGACAACAGCAUCUUAUACACCAUUAAGGACUAAUAUGAGCUCGAAGAAACAAAGAUAUAUAGAUCAAGAGAAGACAGAAGCUGGUGUUACGAAAUCAAUGUCAACAGAAACGUCAACACAGGCACCGUUCACUAUUAAAAUAUUAUCUUCGCCACAAAGGAAUAUAUCUACUCCCUUUCAACAAAAGAAUUUUACUAAUGCUGUAUCUAAGAAUACUCCAAGAAAAACUUUUAUUAACACUUCCUCUUCGCACUCUACUUCUUCGACCAAAGUGGCAGGUUCUAAAAUACCAACAUCGACAGUUAAAUCGACUAACAGCAUGUCAAGCACAUCAAACUCGAGCACAGUUAAAAAAAUCUUGAAAACUUCUAACGUUUUAACUUUACGACCUUCGACUAACAUUACUUCAAAAAUAACUACUCAACGUACGAUAAAUCUUAAAGAUGAGACAAGAUAUCUGAAAGAUGAUAUUUACAAAACAAAUGAGUUUUCUUUACAGACAACUACAUAUAAAUCAGUCACAACUAAUGUUACAACUAAAUUGAAAACGCACGGUACACUAAAACAGACCCAUAAGAUUGGUCAGAAAAAUGUAACUAAAACAAUUUCUAAUGUUCUUUCGACUGAAACUCCAACUGAAGAUGAAACGUUUCAUAUUUUAACAGAACCGGAGCAUAUCACAGCCGUUAUGUCAGAAAAGGAGAGAGAGAAAAGCUCAUUAGAUCUUAUUUCUGUAGUAAGUGUUGCUGGUGGUAUAAUGAUGGCAGUAAUUACAGUAGCAGUUAUAAUAGUAAUGUUUGAAAGGUGCAGGAGACCGAGAUAUGAGGAUGUAAGAAAAAUAAACGAUAUAAGAAUGCAAGUAAUGAUCGAUAAUAAUGACGUACCCCCGCCAUACGUCAGGAGCAUAUUUCAUACACCACUGCCAGAUCCACCGCAAUCAGAAAAAUGUCACUAUCAACCUAUAUCUACGCUAGACAGAAAUUUGAAACAAUUCAUGAGACCAGUUGUAGUUCAAAACAUUUCUCCAAUAAUGUUGGAAAAUUUCCGAGGAAUUCUUGAAUGUCACUAUGACCAUUUACCACGGAGAAGCCACGAUAUCGGCAUAAUAUCUACUCGAUCUUCAAUAGCGCCAUCUAUAAUACAUGACGAGAAACCUCAUAGUGCACGAUCGUCUAGUACUGACUAUACCAUUGACGCGUUAAAGUGUGAAGCUAAAUUAGAUGCGAUCGAUAACACGAGCUCAGAACCAUUGUAUGCAGAAAUACCAUGCUGGAGACCACCUUCUGAACACGCCAUUGAAGUCAUGAAUUUAAAUGGUGAAGCCAUGACUGAAUUAUGACCUAAUGUAAUAAAGCCCAAGAAUUAUACACCUCAGUUCAUAGAUGGCGUUAUGUGGUGAAAUAUCAAUUAAAAUGAGUUUCAUGUAUAAAAUUAAGAACCACCUGUAGAUUAUGCCAAAGAUUUUGUCAUUUAAUACAAGCUAUUAAGAAUUUUUACACGUAUUAAUUAAUAGAAUAAAUUGUGUAUAAGGAUUUCUUUUAAAAUAAUGUGGAAUA